GAACACGGCCAUUGCCACGUGUUUUCAUAAGUGAAUCGUCGCAAAACUAGGAAGAACGCCGUUGAGCUUCCUAUAAUUAAAAGAGAGAAAGAGAGAGAGAGAGAGAGGGUAGUGAACCGUCAAAACGUUUAAGUAUUAAAACAUAGUAAAAAUGACUGAUACAAAGCCGGAAAACGUUAAUGAAAACGUUAAUGAAAACGUAAUGGAACUGGCAAAGAACAUCCAUCAUGGAGAACUCAACGACUCGUAUAAUAUCGUAGUGACUACGAUUUCCGCAUUCAAGGAGAUCAUCAAUAAUACAGAAUGGAACACAGCAAAAGAUUUGAUGAGUAUCAUCAUACAGAAUGGGAAAUAUUUAAUCAAAAAUUGUCCUCUUGAAGCCUGUAUUGGAAAUAUGGUGAGGAGAAUAUUACAGAUCAUCAGGGAAGAAUAUACUUCAGAGUUGAGAAAUAAAACAGACGAAACCGAUCCUCAGGAAUCUUUGCAUAAGAUUCUAACUGCUGAGAGCGAUCAACAGAUCGACUUUAAUAUUCCGGUACCUUCCCUCAAAUCUGCCGUUAAUGAGCACAUUAGUGAAUUUGAAACUGAAUUAGAAACAUGUUCAGACAAUAUCAUCCAACAGGCUUCCGAACACAUACAUUCAAACGAGAUUGUAAUGACUAUUGGUAAGUCCAAGUUAGUGGAGGAAUUUUUUAAGAAAGCUGCUACCACUCGACCUUUCGAAGUCAUAGUGGCGGAAGGUGGGCCUCUUUUAACCGGGCACGAAAUGGCGUUGAAUCUGACCAGAGCGAAGAUCAAGACCACUCUUAUCUCAGACGCAGCCAUUUUCGCAAUGAUGUCGCGAGUUAACAAAGUCAUAAUUGGCACCAACAGCGUCAUGGCGAACGGUGGGCUCAGAUCGAUCUCAGGAUCGCAUACAGUGGCACAGGCAGCCAAACAUUACUCCGUUCCAGUUAUGGUUCUGUUACCUCUCUUCAAGUUGUCGCCCCUGUAUCUUUGUUCGUACAAGCAGGAUAGUUUUAACAAAUACAUCUCGCCGUUCCGGGGUGUAAUUGAGGCUAACAAUGCGCAGUUGCUGGAAAAGAUAGAAGCGUACAAUCCCAUGUUCGAUUAUGUCCCACCGGAUCUGGUUACAUUGUUCAUCACGAACACAGGUGGAAACGCGCCGUCUUACGUGUACAGACUGCUCAGCGAACUGUAUCAUCCCGAUGACUACGAGUUGUAAAUAAACAUCUUCGUUUACUCGAUGCGAGACGCCAAGUGUGUGAUCUCUUUUGUAUCAUACCAUGUGUUAUAGUACCGUCACAUUGUG